GGAAAGCUCUCAGAAAAAAUAAGAGAAUUUUCAGUAGUCUGCUAAGAAAACCCAGAAAAGAAAAUCCACUAUCCUGCAAAAAUAAAGAGAGCCCAGUUGCCCAAAAGAAAAAGGAAGAAAAAGAAAAUAGGAAAUUUUCCUUUUUCCUCUUUGGGCCUCUAGAGGCCAAAAUAGAAGCAGCAGAAGCAGGACGAAGACAUUUAAUUGUGUUGAAGUUCAGCAUUGAAGUAUUAAUUGAGGCAACAUGUCUCAGAAUAACUGGGAAGCUGACAAAAUGCUGGAUGUGUAUAUUCAUGAUUACUUAGUGAAGAGAGAUCUGAAGGCAACUGCGCAGGCUUUCCAAGCAGAAGGGAAAGUAUCAUCUGACCCCGUCGCUAUCGAUGCUCCUGGUGGCUUCCUUUUUGAAUGGUGGUCAGUUUUUUGGGAUAUAUUCAUUGCUAGGACUAAUGAGAAGCAUUCAGAGAUUGCUGCAUCGUACAUUGAGACUCAAAUAAUUAAGGCAAGGGAACAGCAGCAGCACCAGCAACAACAACAGCCACAAUCUCAACAGCCACAGCAUCCACAACAACAGCAGCAACAGCAACUGCAGAUGCAGCAACUCUUAUUACAAAGACAGGCUCAGCAGCAGCAACAGCAGCAGCAGCAGCAACAACAGCAGCAGCAACAGCAGCAGCAGCAGCAGCAGCAGCAGCAGCAACAGCAGCAGCAGCAGCAACAGAUGCAGCAGCAGCAGCAGCAGCAGCGAAGAGAUGGCAGCCACCUCUUGAAUGGGUCAGCUAAUGGAAUUGCAGGAAAUGAUCCUCUCAUGAGACAGAAUCCUGGAACUGCUAAUGCAUUGGCUACAAAGAUGUACGAGGAAAAAUUAAAACUGCCUGUACAAAGGGAUUCUCUGGAUGAUCCAGGAAUGAAGCAUGUGAGCCCACUGCUGGAUCCAAAUCAUGCUUCAAUAUUAAAAUCAGCUGCAGCAGGCGGCCAGCCCUCAGGGCAAGUGUUACAUGGUACUGCUGGUGGCAUGUCCCCACAAGUCCAGGCUCGUAGCCAGCAAAUUCCAGGGUCUACACCAGACAUUAAGACAGAGAUGAAUCCGAUACUGAAUCAUAGAGCUGCAGGUCCUGAAGGUUCACUGAUUGGGAUUCCUGGAUCAAAUCAAGGUGGAAACAAUUUGACAUUGAAAGGAUGGCCUCUUACUGGGUUGGAACAGCUUCGCACUGGGCUCAUCCAGCAGCAAAAAUCAUUUAUGCAAGGUUCACAGCCCUUUCAUCAACUACAGAUGUUAACACCACAACAUCAGCAACAGCUCAUGCUGGCACAGCAAAACUUAACAUCUCCGUCUGCUAGUGAUGAAAGCAGAAGGCUUAGAAUGCUGCUUAAUAAUCGAAAUAUGACCAUGAGUAAGGAUGGCCUUUCAAAUUCAGUUGGUGAUGUGGUCCCAAAUCUUGGUUCACCCUUACAAGCUGGUUGCCCUGUUAUGCCUCGUGCAGAUUCGGAUAUGGUGAUAAAGUUAAAAUUGGCUCAGAUGCAGCAGCAGCAGCAGCAGCAGCAACAGCAACAGAAUAAUAAUCCACAACAGCAACAGUUACAACAGCAUGCACUUCCUGGUCAGCAACCGCAGAGUUCUAAUCAUAAUGUUCAGCCAGAUAAAAUUAUGGGAAGCAAUAAUGUCACUGGAGAUGGCAUCAUGUCAAAUUCCUUCCGUGCAAAUGAUCAGGCUUCAAAAAGUCAGCCUGGAAGAAAGAGAAAACAGCCUGUGUCAUCUUCAGGGCCUGCAAAUAGCUCAGGAACCGCAAAUACUGCUGGACCUUCUCCAAGUUCAGCCCCCUCUACACCAUCAACUCACACACCUGGAGAUGUAAUGUCAAUGCCUGCCUUGUCACACAGUAAUAGUUCCUCAAAGCCUUUAAUGAUGUUUGGAACUGAUACUACUGGCACUCUUACGUCACCCUCAAAUCAACUGUGGGAUGAUAAGGAUCUUGUGCAGGCUGACAUGGACCGUUUUGUGGACGAUGGAUCUCUUGAUGAUAAUGUUGAGAAUUUUUUAUCUCAUGAUGAUGCAGAUCCCCGAGAUGCAGUUGGUCGUGGCAUGGAUGUUAGCAAAGGGUUCACGUUUACGGAAGUAAGUUCUGUUCGUGCAAGUGCUGGUAAAGUGAUCUGCUGCCACUUCUCAUCAGAUGGUAAGCUACUAGCUAGUGGCGGCCAUGAUAAAAAGGCUGUUUUGUGGUAUACAGAUACUUUAAAGCCUAAAACAACACUUGAAGAGCACUCAAUGCUUAUUACCGAUGUUCGUUUCAGUCCAAGCAUGGCACGCCUUGCAACAUCUUCUUUUGAUAAAACUGUCCGGGUUUGGGAUGCAGAUAAUCCUGGGUAUACACUUCGUAACUUUACUGGACAUUCUGCUGGUGUAAUGUCUUUGGACUUCCACCCGAAUAAAGAUGAUCUUAUAUGUUCAUGUGAUGGGGAUGGUGAGAUAAGAUAUUGGAGCAUCAAUAAUGGUAGCUGUACAAGGGUAUUCAAGGGGGGCAUGGCUCAGGUGAGAUUUCAGCCACGUCUUGGAAAAUAUCUUGCUGCAGCUACUGAGAAUGUCGUGUCAAUACUGGAUGCCGAGUCACAGGCUUGUCGACAUUCAUUAAAGGGGCAUACAAAACCAAUACAUGCUGUUUGCUGGGAUCCUUCUGGUGAACUGCUGGCAUCUGUUAGUGAGGACUCUGUCAGAGUCUGGUCAUUGGCAGCAGGAAGCGACGGAGAAUGUGUGCACGAGCUUAGUUGUAAUGGCAACAAAUUUCAUUCCUGUGUUUUCCAUCCUACAUAUUCUUCAUUGUUGGUUAUUGGAUGUUACCAGUCUCUGGAGCUUUGGAACAUGGCGGAGAACAAGACCAUGGCCCUGUCAGCACAUGAAGGAUUGAUUGCUUCCUUGGCUGUUUCGCCUGUUUCAGGCCUGAUUGCUUCAGCCAGUCAUGACAAGAUUGUUAAGCUGUGGAAAUAAAAUGUUUUUCUGUUGUGCCUUCUUAUGCAAUCAUCGUACGUUUGACAUGGUUUUAAAAUGCGGGCUCUCAGCAAAUGCAGUUGACGUUUGUUUUUGCUACCCCUUAGCUUUUGUUGUUCUGUGAUUUUCUUUUUUCUUUUUUUUUUUUUGGUGUGGACUUUUGAGCGCCAUGUAACCUAAGUAGUAGAACUUAAGGACUAACCCUUUUAGUGUUGUUUCUCAAGUGUGUUAU